AUGAAGGGUAACUAUGAUUCCUUUAGUAAAGACAAUUCCGACGGAGAAAAAUGGAAGCAUAAAACUCCCAGUGAGAAAAAGAAGAUGAUGAUUAAAUACAUGAGCACAGUCGAGGCAGGCAUGAAGGAGGAAGAAGUUAAUUCGUUACAUGAAGUAAAAUCGGAUGAUGACAUUUCUGAUGGGGCUGGGGAUGAAGUAGAAGACGGAAGUUAUGUAGACAGUGAGGAUCAGAUCAUUUUAAUGGACGAAGAUGUGGCGAUUUCGGGCGACACAGGAGGCGAUUCCUCCAACAAUGAAUCACCAUGCGAUAAGAAUGACGAUUAUUCGAUGGAAGAAACUGGCCCGGGGAGUGCAGGCAGGAAUCACCUUAGUUCAGGGCCCAAGAACAGCAAAAUGCACUACCUCAUGGCCGCAGUGAUACAGAUGUUGACCACUCGAGUGGAGAUCACGGGGAUGUGCUUCAAGAAGGGAGAAGCGCUGAUGGUAGCAAAGGGGAAGGGAAGGACAACCGGGGGCACCUACCUCAACUUAGACAGAGAUAACCCACACAAGUCAGGUGAAGAGGGUGACGAGGCCCCCGUUGACACAAAGGACAAUGUUACUAACAUAGAACAAAUGCACAUGAACGAAAAGAAAAAUGCCCUCUUCGAUGUCGAAAUUAAGAAUAUAAAUGAUUGGAAGUCCAAAUAUAGACACUUGACAUCAUCCUUCCGUAAAUUGGAGAAGGAAAUGAAUAGAACCAUCAACAGUGAACACAUGGAGCAAAUAACGAGACGAAGCAUUAAGCAGCACAAGGAUUUCCUAGACAACGAGUAUAAGGAGUGGCUGUCCGUUUUGCUGAAGACCGUUUCGGAGUUCAAAAAAAAUAUUGGGGCUCAUGUUUCCGAGCUGAACGAAAAGGAGUACCUAAUAUUGUCCAAAAAUAUCUUCGAAGAUUUCCGGGAGAAAUACUUGGAAGAGAUCCAACUAAACAUGGUCCUCUAUUUGACCGUGACCAAGCACGAUAUACCAGUUGACGAGCAUGUUGGGAAGUACCUCCACGCGUGUUACGAAUCGGUGAACACGGACAAGACGCUGCACAGCACCAUACAGAAGUUGCUGGAAGUGAAUGCGCAGAUUAGGGACAUAGGCGGGAGAACGGGCACCUGGGAUGACGACGAGCACAACUACUUUAUGAAGGUUUACGAGAGCAACGCGAAUUUGGGAGAUAAGGUAGUUGUCUUUGGCAUGCUGAAAAGCUGCAUGAACAGAUCGGAGGAAGAAAUUAUUCAGCACGUGUCUUGGUACAAGCAGUUUAUCCAGUACAACAACUUAAGGAACAGGUGUCUGAACAGCAUCAGCAUCGUCAAUGUGAAUGAGCAGCGCAAGAACGACUCCAAAGUUGAGGAGAAAAAGUACAUGAUACAGAAAUGGAAGGAGAAAAAACAGCAAGAGUGGGCGAUCAAGAUGAAGGAACUGCAACAGAUGAAAAAGGAGGAAAUGAAGAUAAACAAAAUAAUUCGCGAGAACAUCAAAAAGAAAAAGCAAAUGAUACAGGAGCAGCUGAACAGCAAGAAGGAGGGAAUGAAGAAAAACAAAAUGGAAAAGCAGCAGAGGAGCGUCCUGUCUGAGGAAUCGUUGCAGAGGAUUAAUGAGCGGAAUGAACGCAUUUUACAAAAGAAGGUGCAAUCGAAUUUGACCCUUAACGAGGAGACCAACGAGCGGGAAAAGAAAACAACCAAGCAGAAGUAUAUGCACAUCCAGAGCAAGCUACUGAGCAACACAGGUAGCGCUGGGACGGCCAUAGCCCUGAUCGAUUAUUUUAUUCUCCACCUGUUUGGUCUAUUAUGCCUCGUUAUUUUCCCGUUAUGCAUUUUUGUGACUCUACCCGGGCCCCUUGAACAAUUUUGA